AAGCCAAGCUUAGCCAUAGCCACAGACCAGUAAGAUCGAUCAGUAGCAAUGGCGCCCUCCAAGCUCGCCCUCUUCCUCGCCCUGAACCUGGUCCUCCUUGCGGCCGCCCAGGGCUGCGGACCCUACUGCCCACCAGUCGUCCCUACCCCGCCCAUCCUCCCACCGCCCGUGCCGUCGACCGGCUGGGGCAGCUGCUCGAUCAACACGCUGAAGCUGGGCGUGUGCGCCAACGUGCUGAACCUGCUGAAGCUCAAGAUCGGCGUGCCAGCGAACGAGGAGUGCUGCCCGCUUCUGGGCGGGCUCGCCGACCUCGACGCUGCCGUAUGCCUCUGCAUCGCCAUCAGGGCCAACAUUCUCGGCAUCAAACUCAACAUGCCCAUCGACCUGACCCUCCUCCUCAACCAGUGCGGCAAGAAGUGCCCCUCCGACUUCACCUGCCCCAUCUGAUCCAUCCAACACCAUCGAUGAAUAUUAUACAUGCAUUUUUUUAUUCGUAACUAGUUUGCAUUUCAUACGUACGCACCAUACGUAUAUUUUCUAUGUUCCAGUUCCGGUACUAUAUGUUAGGUGUUUGCAUGGGCUCCCUCGCUCGUGCAUGCAUGCUUGAUAAGUUUGUGAUUGAUCACAUGAUCAGUGUAUCUCGUUAUGGUAUCUAAAUGCAUGAUUCAUGUAUUUGUAAAAGGAUUGUAUGUGUAUGAGGAAUAAAAGGUUUGUCCAAAUUGUGUUAA